AUGACCCACCUCUCUCUCUAUCACGAGCACUACGGGGUGCGCUACACCCCGCGCGGGCUGGCGUCGUGGCUCUUCUACGUGCUGUGUCUGCUCGCCAUCCUCGUUGUUCCCUUUGUCAUCGCUCUUUUCAUGCAGAACUUCUGGGUGAGGGUAAACUACUUCUACGACAAGCCAGAGGUGACCUUCACGGGGCGGUGCGCGGUGCGUGUCAGCACCGUACUAGGCAAGGAGUACCUCUGGACCUGCUCCGACCUGUUCCACGGCGCACUGCAGGGGACGUCGCUGCGCAUUCUGCCGUACUUCUCCACCUACGAGGACGACAGGGACGGCGAUGGAAAGAUCGAUUACGCGAACUUCUUGAUGAGCUUCCCCCUCGGCGACGCACUCGAGGUAUCCUCCCUCUAUGAGCCGACCAGCACCGCCACUGACGGCGGCGCCGACGCGCCGACCUCGCAGCGUGACGCCAUCCUCGAGGCCAGCUUCCUGCCUGAGUUCGUGUACUACAUCAAUCAUCAGCUGGUGAAGGUAAACAUGACGGCGGCGCCGCUGCUGCGCUAUCGGCGAGCCCCCAUGCAAAAAAACUUCGGCACCGUCACAACGGCCACCACCUCGACAUACAGCUGGAGCGGGGCGCCUGUGUGCGCGCUGACGAAGGCGGACAUGCUCUUCUACACGACGCAGAGUCUCAUCAACUCCCCCUACGUGUCCUACAUGCAUACAUACACGUCGAGCCCUCUGCAAGAGCUCGCGCGCCAACCGGCAGACUUGUUAGACCUACCUCUCUUUUCCGGCAACUACGCUGCUCGCAAUCAAUCCGUUGUGCUGCGCCCCUACGUUGAGGCUGCGGGUGGGCUUGAUGUGCUGCGCAGAGACGUGAGCAUCGUGCGUGGGCUUUGGGAGGAUCUAGACGACCUCAACACCUUCACCUGGUACGUGCAACUGCGCAUCCCGCCGGCGGAGGUGCAGUAUGUGCCAUCCUACGCCGAGGUGCUCAAGUGGGGCUGGAUCCAGUAUUUUGCUAUCGCCUACGUUGUCCAGUGGAUCCUGUGGAAGUUGCGCAUGGCGCUGGUGAAGAUGGGCUUGAUCAACUCACGGGCUCUCUUCAGCACCAUGCGGCGACAGUACUAA